UCCCCUACGUAUCUUAAGACACACACACAAACAAUAACACAUACUAGUGUAUAUAUAAGCACAUCCAUACGUUACCCAAACCAAAUCACAUUCACAGUGAGUUUCACCCCCCUAUAUUCUCUCCCCUCUCUCUAUCACACACUUAUUUUCCGGCGAGUUGUCGCAGCCAUGGCGGGAGAAUUACUCUCAGAUCUCGGCACCGAGAUCAUCAUUCCGAUAUGCGCUAUUAUCGGAAUAGCGUUCUCGCUUGUCCAGUGGGUCCUCGUCUCCAAAAUCAAGGUCACGCCGGAAAAGUCUCCGGCCGACAACAAAAACGGCUUCACCGAGUCCUUGAUUGAGGAGGAGGAAGGGAUUAAUGACCAUAACGUCGUCGAGAAAUGCGCCGAGAUACAGAACGCUAUUUCGGAAGGAGCAACUUCCUUUCUUUUUACAAUGUACCAGUAUGUUGGUGUUUUCAUGGUUGCCUUUGCAAUUUUAAUCUUUCUUUUUCUCGGAUCUGUGGAGGGAUUCAGCACAAAGAGUCAGACUUGUACAUAUGAUACCACCAAAACCUGCAAACCUGCUCUUGCAACUGCUGUAUUCAGCACUAUAUCUUUCUUGCUCGGCGCUGUCACCUCUGUAGUUUCUGGCUUUCUUGGAAUGAAAAUUGCCACAUACGCAAAUGCCAGAACAACUUUGGAGGCACGAAAGGGUGUAGGAAAGGCAUUUAUUGUUGCUUUUAGGUCCGGUGCGGUAAUGGGAUUUCUCCUUGCUGCAAAUGGUCUUCUAGUUCUGUACAUUACUAUCCUCCUAUUCAAGUUAUACUAUGGCGAUGACUGGGAAGGUCUUUUUGAGGCAAUAACUGGUUAUGGACUUGGAGGGUCUUCCAUGGCGCUUUUCGGAAGAGUUGGUGGAGGCAUCUAUACCAAAGCUGCCGAUGUCGGUGCUGAUCUUGUGGGUAAAGUGGAGAGAAACAUCCCGGAAGAUGACCCCAGAAAUCCAGCGGUGAUUGCUGAUAAUGUUGGUGACAAUGUUGGAGAUAUUGCUGGUAUGGGAUCCGACCUCUUCGGUUCUUAUGCUGAGUCAUCUUGUGCUGCCCUUGUUGUCGCUUCAAUCUCUUCAUUUGGCAUCACUCAUGAUCUCACUGCAAUGUGUUAUCCUCUGCUUGUCAGUUCUGUGGGAAUUAUUGUUUGCUUGAUCACCACACUAUUUGCAACUGAUUUCUUUGAAGUUAAGACUGUAAAAGAGAUAGAGCCAGCAUUGAAGAAUCAACUCAUUAUCUCCACUGUGCUAAUGACUAUUGGUGUAGGAAUAGUUAGCUGGAUUGCUCUUCCUUCAUCAUUCACCAUCUUCAAUUUUGGUGCUCAAAAAGAGGUUAAGAACUGGCAACUUUUCCUAUGUGUCUGUGUUGGUCUGUGGGCUGGGCUUAUUAUUGGGUUCGUCACUGAGUAUUACACAAGCAAUGCUUACAGUCCUGUUCAAGAUGUUGCUGAUUCCUGCCGAACUGGAGCUGCCACUAAUGUUAUUUUUGGUCUUGCUUUGGGAUAUAAGUCUGUUAUCAUUCCUAUCUUUGCCAUUGCAAUUGGCAUUUUUGUCAGUUUUAGUUUUGCCGCUAUGUAUGGUAUAGCAGUAGCUGCACUUGGAAUGCUCAGCACUAUUGCUACAGGGUUAGCCAUCGAUGCAUAUGGUCCCAUCAGUGACAAUGCUGGAGGCAUUGCAGAAAUGGCUGGAAUGAGCCACAGGAUUCGUGAGAGAACUGAUGCUCUUGAUGCUGCAGGGAACACCACUGCAGCUAUCGGAAAGGGUUUCGCCAUUGGUUCUGCAGCUCUUGUGUCCCUUGCGCUCUUUGGCGCAUUUGUGAGCAGAGCAGGAAUAUCGGUGGUAGAUGUCCUGACACCCAAAGUUUUUAUUGGUCUGCUGGUAGGUGCUAUGCUCCCGUACUGGUUCUCAGCAAUGACAAUGAAGAGUGUUGGCAAGGCAGCUCUUAAGAUGGUUGAAGAGGUGCGCAGGCAAUUCAACACGAUCCCUGGUCUCAUGGAAGGAACUGCCAAGCCCGACUAUGCAACCUGUGUCAAGAUCUCCACAGAUGCUUCCAUCAAAGAAAUGAUCCCUCCUGGUGCUCUUGUAAUGCUUACUCCCUUAAUUGUGGGGAUAUUCUUUGGCGUGGAGACACUUUCAGGUGUCCUCGCAGGAGCACUUGUGUCUGGUGUACAGAUUGCAAUUUCUGCCUCCAACACUGGUGGUGCAUGGGAUAAUGCCAAGAAAUAUAUUGAGGCUGGAGUUUCCGACCAUGCAAAAAGCCUAGGCCCCAAAGGAUCUGAUCCACACAAGGCUGCUGUGAUUGGUGACACUAUCGGGGAUCCUUUGAAGGACACAUCUGGACCAUCACUAAAUAUCCUCAUCAAGCUAAUGGCAGUCGAAUCACUUGUGUUUGCUCCAUUUUUUGCGACUCAUGGGGGCUUGCUCUUUAAGCUAUUCUAGAAGAAUAAAGAUACCGCGUGUCAACCCCAAUGUGGUUCUCGAUCCCAACUUCCUAAUUCCCUUUUGUCUAUUUCUUGUCGCAUGUUUUAACUUUCUUUCAGGUGUAUGUAGUUUAUGGAAGUUGUUAUAUUUCGGAGUCGUUAAUUGGUGAAGCUUAGUUUGUUAAGAGAAAUUUUCCCUCUUGGGGUUGAUUAUGAAUUAUGAUAAUGAUGAUAUGAGAACUUGCUUUCGCUUCUUCAA